GCAUGCUUUGCAAGGCGCUCGAAGCGCCCGUCCACCAUCAUAGGUAGGGGCCGCAUCAAUGGAGCCUCGGGCUUAAGGCAAAGCCCGCCACGGACCGCCAGGCCGGUACCUGAUCCAGGAUCGCGAGCGCCGGGCAUGGGCCGGGCGCGUGCGCGCUCGGAGGGGGCGUGAGGCAGCAUCGCCCGGCCGUUGCCAACGCGCGGCUGCAAGAGGUUAGCGGCCGCGGUGCCCCGCGCGCCCUACGAGCCGGUCGUUGCGGGGGGGCCUCCCGCCCCGUGUGCGCGCAGCCGUGGCGGCCGCAGGUGACCGCAAGGGGCGGAGGAAAGGAGGGGGCCGGCCCCGGCACUCGGAGGAUCCGCCGUGCGUGCCCCGAGACAACAUGGCCUCCCUGAUCCAGCGGAUCGCCCGCCAGGCGUGCCUCACCUUCCGAGGCCGCGGGGGCGGCCGCGGCGCUUCCGACCGCGGCGCGGUGCCAGGCCCCGAGGCGCCGGCGCCGCAGGGCUUCCCGGAGAACCUGAGCCAGCUGAAGAGCCUGCUCACCCAGGUCCGCGCCGAGGACCUGAACAUCGCCCCGCGCAAGGCCACGCUGCAGCAGCAGCCGCUGCCCCCCAACCUGCCGCCCGUUACCUACAUGCACAUCUACGAGACGGACGGCUUCAGCCUCGGCGUGUUCCUGCUCAAGAGCGGCACGUCCAUCCCGCUGCACGACCACCCGGGCAUGCACGGCAUGCUCAAGGUGCUCUACGGCACCGUGCGCAUCAGCUGCAUGGACAAGUUGGAGGCCGCCGGCGGGCAGCGGCCGCGCGCCCCGCCGCCCGAGCAGCAGUUCGAGCCGCCGCUGCAGCCCCGCGAGCGGGACGCCGUGCGGCCGGGCGUGCUCCGCUCGCGGGCCGAGUACACCGAGGCCAGCGGCCCCUGCGUCCUCACGCCGCACCGGGACAACCUGCACCAGAUCGACGCCGUGGACGGGCCCGCCGCCUUCCUGGACAUCCUGGCCCCGCCCUACGACCCCGACGACGGCCGGGACUGCCACUAUUACCGGGUGCUGGAACCCGUCCGGGCCCCGGGGAGCCCCGGAUCCACCACCUGUGACCUGCCCCGAGAGGUGUGGCUCCUGGAGACCCCGCAGGCUGAUGACUUCUGGUGCGAGGGGGAGCCCUAUCCAGGUCCCAAGGUCGUCCCUUGAAGGAGCCGCAGGCGCCUGGCUGCCAGCAACCCACCCCACCACAAGGGCUCUCUCCCUACCCCCAGGCCACCUGGGCAUUGGAUCUACUGGAGUGGGCUGCGGUGCUGCCUCGGGAGCCUUUGGGAAGCCCGGGCGACUGGACUGCAGCCACCGCUGGGCACGGUUAUGGGGGCGGGGGAGGCUGGGCUGUUUCCUGGCUUUGUCACUGCCACCAGGGUUUUGAUUUGGGGGGGAGGGGAGCAGGGGGGACUCUGAAGCGCUUCCAUCCUAAAGCCAUAAUGAAAAAUAUUCUUCUUUUGUUCCCAUUCUAUACAAAAUACCCCCCAUCGCCUUGGUCUUGGGUAAAUAGGGCUUGUUUUCCACUUAAUGUCCUUUAUGCCCUUUGCUCCUUGUUAUAGUUUUAUUGACAGCAUGACCCGGUGGCUUGAAUUGUUUUUAGUUCAAGUCGUUGGUCAAAACUUAGGUUUAGAUAGAUGAGCUGCUUUUUAAGUGAGCUGCUCUGCCUGGUUAAUUCGUUGCCAAAAUGAAAUCAUUUUCCCAGAGUUGGGGGAUCAUCCCCAGAACAUAACUAUGCAUGCAGAGGACAAGAUUUUCUUUCCUCCCCUUGCCCAGUAGCCAGUUUACUCCGGCAGCAUCUGCUCAGAAAUUCACACCUGCAUUUCUCAGUGACAAAUUGCCACAUAGAGCUUAUCUUCCCGGGGAGUCCCCAGAUCUGUGAGUUGAGCAGAUUUCUUGUUGCAGAUUCACCUUUAAUACAAAACCAUAUUACCCUCGGGUGACUUUCUUUGUCAUAGUAUAAGGUGGUGGGGUGAUUCUUUAUUUUCUAACCAGAAGAUUCAGAAGUACUGAAUCAGUAUGCUUCCAAACAACUGAAUGUAAAACACCCCUGGCCAGCUAUUGAACUCCAUGUCCCUAUUUUCUUCCAGUAUUUUCCUGUAAAAGUAGAGGGAAAUGUUGACAAGUGUUCAGAUCCUCUCACACCUAACGUUCCCGAGAGCUGGUGUUCCAGCUGCGUUGUUGGUGGCCCUGUUCUCAGAACCCUCUCCCUCAAGCAGGAGAGCCCAGAGCUUGCUUCAUCCACUGGUGACCCAGGCUCUGCAAUUGAGAAUCAGUUAUUCUGCUGGCCAUUUUAGGGCACUAAAAAUCCCCACUCCCAGCCUCUUGACCAGUUGUGCUAUCUGUAACUAGUUUUAUUUUUGUCCUUUCAAUAGUCUGAGCAACUUGACCUUGUUUACAAACACAUUGGCACCAUUUGCUUCCGGCCCUGAAGCACUAUUGUUUCCCCCUUUUUACUAUUUAUAGGAUUCCUUUUAUUUCACAAACUUAAUAACAAAUUGUAGAGAUGAACCCAUUAAAAUUUGCCCAGCUGUUGUCUAAGCCCUCUUGAUUGACUUGCCCAUGUGGCAAUCCACUUCUAAUAUCUGUAAUAGAGGGAAAUUUGCUAUUGGUGGAAAGUAUGGACCCUGUAGGAAAACAGUAUGUGCCUUUGCCUUUUUGUGCAUACUGGGUUACAGAGGCCCAGUGAAGAGAUAUUUGUUUCCCAAUUUUUUAAAUAGAAUGAAAAGGCAAAUUCUCAAUGAAUUACUUACAAAAAAAAAAAAAAAUGCUUAUUCAAAGCAACAUGCCACUGUUAUAAAUCCUGACACAGGCAUAACACCAAGAAUGUUCUCCGGAGUUACUAACACUGUUUUAUGGUAGCUUUACAUUCUGGUGUAAUUUAAUAAUAACUUACAGUUUAAUAUAACUGCAGUUUGAAGCAGUUCUUCAUGCAUUCAGUUUGAAAAUAAAUUCUAGAUAUGCAAACGAUUUUCUUAGAAAACUUCACCAAAUGGGUGUUUUUCAUGGCACAGUAUGAAUGUGUUUGGUUAACAAUCACAUACCUACCUGUUUUGAAUUAUAUUGUAGCAAAAAGUUAAGAUUAACUUAUUAAGACUGUGGAUAGUAACAUGGAUGUUAUCAUACAACCUGGAGUACAUUAAAUUAACCAUUCUGGCAGUAGCACAAUAAUAAAGGAGAAAAGUUUUUCCAAACUUCACUAUGAGAAAUCUUAAAGUUCUCAAUUAUAAGCAAGUUGAGUGAAAAAAACUAAGGUGCUUUUCAAAAGAAUAACUGAAAUUGUUGCAGGCCAGAACAGUAAUAUGAUAUAUCUAACUUAGUUCAAGAGGAACAGUGAAACUUUUGGUUCACUAAUACAUUCUGAAUAAAUUAAUGGUGAACACAAAAUGUAACUUGUUUUAAUGAGCCACUAAGAAAAGACUAUUAUUACAAAGACGAAUGUGCAGAAAAACCUUGCACUUUUCUGCAAAAACUGUUAGUCAUGAGUGACCUCAUGUGCUGCUAUUGUGUUUCCAUGUAUUCCUGCAAUAUAGUCUGUUUUAGUAACAACUGUGGGAAAAGUUGUCUUCCCUACAAAGAUUAAUGAGCACAAUGAUACUAACCACUUAACUUUUCUGUUGCAUAACAUUCAAUAGUUGCCUCCCAUGGGUAAGAAGUUGUCUGUCUAAUACUUCAAUACUUCUAAAGCUCUUUAAUUUUCUGGUUGUAUCAAUGGCCACUUAUAUCAAUGGAGAGUAUUAUCUACCUACUACGUUAUGAGAAUUGAUUUUUUUAUUAAGCCUGAUUCGCAUGGAUUGUUUAUACCAUUUGCUGUUUAUUAAUGAAAAUGGUGAGCCUAUUUUCAAAGUAAUGUGUGUUUGUCAACAGGAGUGGGUCUCUGACCUUUUAACAUUAAUAUCCUCUAACUUUUCCCAAAGUUUUCACCUGGUAUUCCUCCUUUUGCAUUGCCCACUUGUAAGUACCUCAGUCUUGGCUUCCCAGGAGGACUCUGCCACUCACUCAUCUUUUCCAAAUGACUUUGAAUCUUGUGCUAUGGCUCUACAGCUUGAUGAAGAAGCAAUAUACCUCUAACCCAGGGCUCUGCCCAUCGCUAUUGAACUCUAACACGAGGAUAGUAACACUCAUGUAACUCUCCUGGUCUGAAUUCGGGACCUCUGAUCCCUUUAGUGCAGUGAGGCCUCUACUAUCAAAGAGGGAAAUCCUUUGUUAAGCCCCAUAUAAAUACUGAAUCUUCAGAUCCAGAGAUGUUUACAUUUCUGGAUUAAAAUCAGUGUACUUAUGGAAAAUAAAGGCAUGUUUGAAAUCGUUUGUA